AUGGAUUAAAAGGUUUUUCAAGAAUUAAUUAAGCCUUUUGAAUAGCAUUUUAAUGAAGCAUAUAAUAGAUAUUUUUAUUAUAAUCCAAUUACAAGUCAAUCUUUAUGGGAAUUGCCUUCUGAAGUUUUAGAAAAGCUCAAGGUAUUUGAAAAAGUGUAUAAAUAAGAAAAGUAAAAAGAUUCAAAUUCAAAUGAUAUUUCAUCUAAUGAAAGUAAAAAAGAUGAUGUUAAUAAUACAAAAGAAACAUAAUCUGAAUUAAAUGAUUCUAAAUUAUUAGAAAUGGUAAAAGUGUAGAUUUAAAAAGAAAAGCUUAAAAAAAAUGUAGAUGAUUAAGAUGAAGGAUAACAAAAAAAUUUGGAAUCAGAAGGAGAAAAAUAAAAUCGUUCAAGAUCUUAAUCUGACAGCUAGGAAGUUAAUUAUGAAGACAAUUAAGAAGCAGAUGAAAAUAAUUAAUAAAUGAGUGUUUAACAAAACAAUAUAGAAGAUAAUUUAAACACUUUAGACAAAUAUAUACCAAAAGGAAUGCAAUAGUAGAUUUCUAAAAGAGGUGAAAAGGAUAUUUCUAAAAUACUUCUUAGACCAUCAAGAAAAUAAAUUGAGCAGUCUUUGGCAGAUAAAUAUGCUUACAAAGAAGGUGAUCAAGAAUAUAAUAUUUGGUACGGAAAGCAUUUAUCUGAUACUAGAGAUACUGUAAGAGAUCAUAAGACUCCUGCAGAAACUCGUUGUAAUACAGAACUUGAUUCAGGAUACACUAAAGCAGAUCUUACUGAUCGCUACAGUGCCUACUAUUGUCACCACUGGGCAAAGGGCUGCUGCUCUGAAGGCUAAAAUUGCAGAUAUUUUCAUCGUGUUCCAUCUCUUGCUGAAUGCAUGACAAUAGAUAACAGUCGUGAUGUUUUCGGAAGAUAAAGGCAUGACAAGCACAGAGAAGAUAGAGGAGGUGUUGGUUCAUUUAUGCAUGAAACUCGUAGCAUUGAAAUUAAAGAUUUUAAAGCUCCAACUGAGGGUAUUGGUGUAAUAACUUAAAUGUAUGAAAUAUUAUAUCGUCAUUUUAGUGAAUGGGGUGAUAUAGAAGAUAUUAAAUAUCUUCCUAAUUAAGGUAGAGCUAUCAUUAGAUAUGUACACAGAUGUAUGGCUGAAUAUGCUAAAGAAGCUAUGCAACAUUAAGCUUUAGAUGAAGGUGAAGUAAUUAAUAUUAAAUGGUUUUUAGAGCAUCUCGAUACAGAAAAUUAAGAAAAAUAUAAUAAAGAGCAUUACGAGUAGCUCAAAAGGGUAGUUGAAAAAUAAAAGAGAGAUUAAGAAAUAAGAUCAAAAGUUGAAGAAGCUAACCUCAAAAAAUAAUAGCACCUUGCAAAAAGGCAAUAGUAUUUGGCUUAAAAAAAGUUUAAUUAAGAAUAGCAAUUAAUGAAAUAGAAUGUUCAGUUAUUGAAUUAAGUUUUUGCUGAUGACGAUGAUGAUGAUGAAGGAGAUAAAUAUUCUGGUUAUGAAGAUAGCAAAAGUAGAAGCAGAAGUAGAAGUAGAAGCAAAGAUAGAGAGUUGAAAAAAACUAAAGGUAGAGAAGGACAUGAGUAUGAAAUUUAAGAAAAAAGUGGAUAAGAAUAAUAAUAUCCAUUAAUAUCUUAAUACCCACAGUAUGGGCAGUACAGUUAACAAUAGCAACAAGAAUUUGCAUCUUAUUAUUAACAACAGUACUAAAAUCAAUAAAUGUAUUACUAAUAGUAUUAUCAGUAUUCAUAAUAAAAUUAAGAUACUGAAAAACCACUCGAGUUUAGUAAGAAAAAGUGA